AUGAAGACCGUUGCUUUCCUCUCCGCUUUGGCGGCUGUCGCUUCCGCUACCCCUACCCUCAAGGAGCCUCCCAGCAAGCGUGCUUCCCUCCCCGCCGUCUCGGUUUCUGGCAAUGCUUUCUGGGCUGACAAGGACCGAUUCUACCUCCGAGGUAUCGACUACCAGCCCGGUGGUGCCUCUGCUAACGAGGAUCCUCUCGCCGAUCCCGAUGUUUGCAAGCGUGAUAUCAAGUACUUCAAGGAGCUUGGCGUCAACGUUAUUCGCGUCUACGCUGUCGACAACAAGGCUGAUCACGACGAGUGCAUGAGUGCGCUCGACGCCGCUGGCAUCUACCUCGUUCUCGAUGUCAACAACCCCAAGUACUCCAUCAACCGUGCCAAGCCCGGUCCUUCUUAUAAUGCCGCCUACAUCCAGAGCGUUUUCGCCACCGUCGAAAUGUUCGCCAAGUACGACAACACACUCGCUUUCUUCUCCGGAAAUGAGGUUAUGAACGACGAGAAGGAUACCGACAAGUCCGCUCCCUACGUCAAGGCCAUCACUCGUGAUAUGCGAAACUACCUCAAGGCCCGCAAGCUCCGCCAGGUUCCUGUCGGCUAUUCUGCUGCCGAUGUUGCCUCCAACCGCAUGCAAACCGCUCACUACAUGAACUGUGGUUCUGAGGAGGUUCGAUCUGACUUCUUCGCUUUCAACGACUACUCCUGGUGCAACAGCGACUUCAAGACCUCUGGCUGGGACGUCAAGGUCAAGAACUUCACCAACUACGGUAUCCCCAUUUUCCUGUCCGAGUACGGUUGCAUUGAGAACCGCCCUCGUAAGUUCGAGGAGCUUGAGCCCAUGAUGGACAGCCAGAUGUCCUCAGUCUAUUCCGGUGGCCUUAUGUAUGAGUACUCUCUCGAGGACAACGACUACGGUAUCGUCACAAUCAAGAACGGCAAGGUCACAACCGAAAAGGAGUUCGAUCUCUUCAAGUCUGCUCUCUCCAAGUACCCCAUGCCCACUGGCACUGGCGGUGCUGCCAAGACCUCUCAUGGCGUUGCUUGCCCUACAUCCGAGUCCGUCUGGCAGGUCGACCCCAGCUACCUCCCUGAGAUGCCCUCCGAGGCCGAGAAGUACAUGAAGGACGGUGCCGGCAAGGGCCCCGGCAUCAACGGCAAGGGAUCCCACUUCGACACUGACAGCGGUACCGCCACUGCCAGCGUUGCCAUGGGCUCUUCAACUUCCACGGGCUCUGCCUCUGCCUCUGGUGAUGAUGAUGAUGACAGCGGCGCUGCUAGCCUUGGCUUCGGUGCCCUGUACGUCUCCGCUGCCGCCACUCUCUUCACCCUCGCCGGAACCCUUUUGCUGUAG